AUGGGCAACACCCCCUCCCGAGACUCGUCUGGGUCUGUCUAUGGAGAUACUCAUAGCGACGGUUGUAGUAGCAAGCACUGCCACUCACACGCACGUUCCCACGACAAACGCAAGAAUGAUCGACCUGCUAAGAGCACCCAGCGUGCGGCGGAUCAGCUCCCAGCUGCACCCCCGAGUUACGACGAAGCGACAGGAGCCACGACUUCGCUAGCCGUGUCAACUCGCGGUUCGGUAUCGCCCAACCAGCGGCUGUCUCCGGCCCGGAAAGGCUACUCGGUGUCUUCGGGCUCCUCGUCAUCGUCAACGUCGGUUACCUCUCUGUCAUCGCUCUCAUCGCUUGAUUCGGGGCUGUCUCCAGCCGAGAGGGCUCGCAUUAGCGCCGAGCACCAACAGAUCAAGGCAGAGAUGGAGGCCGCGCAAGCGCGACGCAAGGCUGAAAAGACGGCUCGUAAGGCUCUCCGUAGAGCCAAGAAGGCGCAGCGUAAGGCGGAGCGCACCGCAGAGUCGUCGACGAGGAAGGCGGAAAAGUCUGUUCGGAAAGCUGCCGAACGUGCUGAGCGAGCGCGGGACCGUGCCACAACAAAGGCAGAGCGUGCACACCAGCGUGCUAUGCAGGCUACCGCAUAUGCGUCUGCAUUCGCACCGACAACACCACAGCCACCACCUGCAGCGCGAACGACACGGUUCAUUCCGCCGGCCUCUUCAAAACCACCACCCACCAUCUUCAACCCACCGACCAUCUUCAACCAGCCAACGAUCAUGCAACCACCCACCCUACCUCCCCGCCGCACCAACUCAAUCCCCGUGGACUAUACAACGUACAGCUCGCUGCGCAAACAGUCCAGCUCGUCCAAGAACGUGAAGGAGCUUCCUGCCGUGCCUCCCCCAGCACGUCGUCGAUCUGUUGACAAAGAUGCAGCACGCGGCGAGGCCGAGGCGAUUGUGGCUGCCCGCCAGUCGUCCCUCAAUGCCGAAUACGAGGAACUGCAGAAGGACGUGCGCAGGAUGAAGAUGUAG